CACCAAACACCCCAACUGCACAAAUGACCGCUAUAAAUAUGCCAUUUAAUUGCCGUGCGACAAUGACCUUCUUCGUUCCUCCAAUUCCAAGCUGUUUCCUCUCUCCCUCUUCCUCAUUGCUGUAGGUAGGGUUUCGCUUCGUCCCAUCGAGGGGAUUCCAGGCGGAUUCCGGCGAGAUCGUUCGUUGAUUCGAUCGAUCCGGUCGUCCAUCUCGUCGGACCCCCGCCCGCCGCGAUGUUCCUGGUGGAUUGGUUCUACGGGGUCCUUGCUUCCUUGGGCCUGUGGCAGAAGGAGGCCAAGAUCUUGUUCUUGGGGCUUGACAAUGCCGGAAAGACCACGCUGCUUCAUAUGCUCAAGGAGGAGAGACUAGUUCAGCACCAGCCGACUCAGUAUCCGACAUCGGAGGAGCUGAGCAUCGGGAAGAUCAAGUUCAAGGCCUUUGAUUUGGGGGGCCAUCAGAUCGCACGACGUGUCUGGAAGGAUUACUACGCAAAGGUGGAUGCGGUGGUAUACCUAGUGGACGCAUACGACAAGGAGAGGUUUGCAGAGUCAAAGAAGGAACUAGAUGCACUUUUGUCUGAUGAUGCCCUUGCCAAUGUCCCAUUCCUCAUUUUGGGGAACAAGAUUGACAUCCCAUAUGCAGCAUCGGAGGAUGAGUUGCGCUACCAUCUGGGUCUGAACAACUUCACAACCGGCAAGGGCAAUGUGAAUCUUAACGACUCCAAUGUCCGUCCCCUUGAGGUCUUCAUGUGCAGUAUUGUGCGUAAGAUGGGCUAUGGUGAUGGCUUCAAGUGGCUUUCGCAAUACAUUAAGUAGGGGUGAGCCUUUGGUGCCAUCUAGCCUAAACUCAAAAACUUUUGCUAAACCAUGGUCCUUGGUCGUUGUUUGCGUGAUGGACGACACAUUGUGAUUUCUCAUUGGGCCUAGACUCGACUCUUCUUUUUUGGACCAUGGAAACCAUGCUUGUAGUGUCAACAUCUGGUUUGAGUUUGGAAGGAUCGAGGCCGUGCUGCUUCCAUCCAGAUAUUUAUUUGUUUCACAUAGUAAGUACUCAUAGAAACAGGAAUUAGUGGUUUCA